AUGAAUUCGUUAGCUUCUAACACACCGCUGAAUGGCACUCCCGUGAACGAGGCGGCCGUCGGCAGUACCGAGCCGGUGAACAURUUUGAGACGAUGGUGGCCAAUCCGAUUAAAGUGUCUCGGUUGCAGUCCAAUGGGGUGUUGACGGGCCCUGCGGCCAACACCAAGUCGAUCCACUACUCGUUGGCGAACUUCAACGUUUUCCAGUCGCUACCCAAGGAAACCGCCAGGGGCGUGGACGACUUGAUGCGGAUGGAGAUGGCGCUGCUGAGCGGGAUUCCGGAGGAGAUUAAGUGGUCUUUGAAGAAAUACCUGACGUACAGCAACAAGGCUCCGUACAUGAUUAGCCUAAGGACGUUGCCGGACCUGUUGGGGCUUUUCAAGACGUUCAUACUUCCUCUGGAGGGCAUUGUGGAGGGGCUCAACCAGUCUUCCAUAUGCGAUUCCGGCGCGAUGGACUCUUUGCAGAUGGGCUUGAACGGGCUGCUGAUCAUAAGAAACUUGGCCCAGGACACUGACUCGGUGCAGGUGCUGGUCAAAGAUGCGGAGAUCAAGUCGUUCAUCCUCUUCGUCUUGAAAAAGUUUCAGUGCGUCGCCACAGGCGAUAGCAAGUGGCAACUGUACGAGGGGAAUGCGACGUUCUUCAACGAAUUGACCCAUUACACUUUGGACUUGAUGGAAGCCAUCUCUUCUUAUAUUGCUCCGGCCAUGAAGGAUGACCAUUAUUUCCAAACGUUGGUGUCCAUCUUGAACUACACGAAGGAUAGAUAUAUGGUUAUCUCUAUAUUGAGGUCUCUCUCGAGGCUGUUAGUCAGGUCCAAAGCCAAUGAGGAGAGUGCGGCCGAUAAUUUGGACCAUAAGACUCUGUCUUUGAUCGUGUCCUUUUUAUUGGUGGAGUGCGACAGUGAGUUGAUCAUUGCUUCGUUGGAUUUCCUCUAUCAAUACAUUUUGCCCGGUUCCCAAAGAAUUACGGAACUAUUCAACAGUAAAGAGUGCUCUUUGGUACUUGAGGCUACGCUGCCCAACCUGCUGUCAUACAAUAUCCCCACCCCUGACUACAACUCUUUGCAAAAGCAUAAGAUCAAGUUGGAGAAAAGAUUAAAACCUCCUGCACCCAAGGAGCCGCCCAAUCUGUCAGACGAACUGUUUCAACAGCUGUUCAGACUGAACGAGCCACUGAGGUCUACCACUUGGUUGAGGUGUUGCUUUGAGCCCGUACAAGAAGCAGAAUUUACACAAAUAUCACUUUGGAGGUCGUACGAAUCCAAAUUUGGCCAACCUGUGCGUGAAUCCGGACGCAAAUUACUGCCUGCCGUGGAAUUUAUCAAAAACGUUUCUAACGCUUUCCAUAACGCCGCUGCCAUCGUGAUCGCUGACCCAAUGACCGGUAAGAAAAGAUUCGUCAUCAAGGGCAUUCAACCAAGAUUCAAAGCUUUGAACAUUGCAGACGGAGAAAAAGAAUCGCAAGUACCCAUUUCGGCGCUUAAGUCCAAAUUUUUGAAUGAGACUAAAGAAAUUACACCCGCAAGACAAAACAAUUUACCUGACAUAAAAUUUCCUCAGGAACUAUCAGAUGUCGCUAAAGUUGCGUGUACAUUCUUGUGUCUUCUGUCCAACGACACAGACGAUGGUGUCGGUUCCACAUUUUGUCAACGCAUCAGACCAUUAGUCCUACACAAACUGGCAGAUAUUCCACCUUUAACGUUGGCAUUGUCUGAAUAUACGGAAAAUACAUCGGGACUGUGA